CAUUUGCGGCCAAUUAUAUCCACCCAGCCAAAAAGAAACAGGUCCACUAGUUCUUCUCUUCCAGCAUGGUGCCUUCCACACUCUUACCUUCUAUGGAAAGCCUUCUCCUCAUUUAGCUUCCAUCUUCCAAUCUCCCUCAAACCAGCUGAAUCUGAUUCUUUCUCAGCUUCUCAGAUCUUUCAAUCUUCCUUCCACAGCUUCUCCAUGGAUACCCUUCUCCGAACACACAACGAUCUCCUUCCCCUUCCCCCUCUCCUCGCCCCCUCCCCUUCCCCAAAGCCCCAAGUUCCCGCCUUUAUUCCUUUCCUCAAGAAAACCCCACAUCCCCGAUGGUCCAGAACCGCCCUUUCCCUGUCCAGCACCUCAGCCUCCGCCGCCGCCGGGGCCUUUCUUGAACUAGUCCCUGAAGCCAAGAAAGAAACCCUCAAUUUCGACCUUCCCCGGUACGACGCCACCAAUCGCCCCACCCUAGACCUCGUCGUAGUCGGCGGCGGCCCUGCCGGCCUCGCCGUCGCCAAACGCGUCUCCGAGGCCGGCCUCUCCGUCUGCUCAAUUGACCCCUUCCCCAAUCUCGUCUGGCCAAACAACUACGGCGUCUGGGUUGACGAGUUCGCCGCGAUGGACCUCCUCGACUGCCUCGACGCCUCCUGGUCUUCCGCCUCCGUUUUCAUCAACGACGCCACCUCCAAACUCCUCUCCCGUCCCUACGCCCGAGUGGACCGCCGCCGCCUCAAAUCCCGCAUGCUCCUCGCCUGCCUCUCCAAUGGCGUCCGCUUCCACCAAUCCAAAGUCCUCAACGUCGUCCACGAAGACUCCCGAUCCAUCCUUUUCUGCAGCGACGGCACUGCCAUCCCGGCCUCCGUCGUCCUUGACGCCACCGGCUUCUCACGCUGUCUUAUCCGCUACGAUAAGCCCUAUAACCCCGGUUACCAGGUCGCCUACGGCAUCUUAGCCGAGGUUGAAGAACACCCUUUCGAAUUAGACCAGAUGGUUUUCAUGGAUUGGCGAGACUCGCAUCUGAAGCUCCGUCCUGAACUCAAGCGACGGAACGCCGCAUCACCCACUUUCCUCUACGCGAUGCCCUUCUCCUCCAAUCGAAUCUUCCUCGAAGAGACCUCUCUGGUGGCUCGUCCGGGGCUAGCCAUUGAAGACAUACAAGAAAGAAUGGUUGAGCGGUUGAGGCAUUUAGGCAUACAGAUUAAGCGCAUCGAGGAAGACGAAAGGUGCGUGAUACCCAUGGGCGGCCCUCUCCCCGUGCUUCCUCAGAGGGUUCUAGGAAUCGGAGGAACGGCGGGGAUGGUUCAUCCUUCCACAGGGUACAUGGUGGCGAGAACGCUCGCCGCCGCUCCGAUCGUUGCGGAUGCCAUUGUUCGAUACCUUGGGGGCAGCGGGGAGGAGGUUUCGGCCAAGGUUUGGAAGGAUCUGUGGCCAAUCGAGAGGAGGAGACAGAGGGAGUUCUUCUGCUUCGGCAUGGAUGUGCUUCUGAGGCUGGAUCUGGAGGGCACAAGGAGGUUCUUUGAUGCUUUCUUCGGCCUGGAGGCGAGGUACUGGCAUGGCUUCUUGUCUUCUAGGCUGUUUCUGCCGGAGCUGGUGAGGUUUGGGUUCUCGCUGUUUGGGAAUGCUUCUAAUACAUGUAGGUUGGAAAUAAUGGCCAAGGGAACUAUUCCUUUGGUUAAUAUGAUGAAUAACUUGUUGAAGGAUGUAGAAUAUUAAGUGCAUAUGUCCUUUUUUUAUAAAAGUAUUUGCUUCUU